CGGAUCUCUCGCGAGGAAGGACGCCAUUAUCGCAGCCGCCGCACAAAACACCACGAGAACUCGGCGCCCGCCUCACACGGAGUGCAUGCCUGGGCCAGCUCUGCCCUGGGGAGCUGCAGUGGUGCCUGAGGGGUUUUGCUGCAGGUUCUGAAUGAUGUCAGAGCAGGAUUUGGCUGAUGUGGUUCAGAUUGCUGUGGAGGACCUGACUCCUGAUAAUCCAGUUGUGUUGGAGAACCAUGAGGUAGCAGAUGAUGAUGUGGAACCUGCCCUGAAACGUCAGAGGAUAGAAAUCAACUGCCAGGAUCCCUCCAUUAAGUCGUUCCUGUACUCCAUCAACCAGACCAUAUGCCUGAGGCUGGACAGCAUCGAGGCCAAGCUGCUGGCCCUGGAGGCCACCUGCAAAUCCCUGGAGGAGAAGCUGGACCUGGUCAUGAACAAGCAGCACAGCCCCAUCCAGGUGCCCAUGGUGGCCGGGUCCCCGCUGGGCGCCACCCAGACCUGCAAUAAAGUCCGAUGUGUUGUCCCUCAGACCACGGUGAUCCUCAACAACGACCGGCAGAACUCCAUUGUGGCCAAGAUGGUGGGGCAGGAGGAACCUCUGAGCAGAGCAGCAGAUUCCCUGGAGAACAUCCUCAGCAACGCGGUGCCAGGCCGGCGGCAGAACACCAUCGUGGUGAAGGUGCCCGGGCACGACGACAGCCACAACGAGGACGGCGAGAGCGGCUCCGAGGCCAGCGACUCGGUGUCCAACAGCGGCCAGGUGGGCAGCCAGAGCAUCGGCAACAACGUCACCCUCAUCACCCUCAACUCCGAAGAGGAUUACCCCAACGGGACAUGGCUGGGCGACGAGAACAACCCCGAGAUGCGCGUGCGCUGCCCCAUCACGCCCGCAGACAUGCUGCACAUCAGCACCAACUGCCGCACGGCCGAGAAGAUGGCCCUGACCUUGCUGGAUUACCUCUUCCACAGGGAGAUCCAGGCCAUCUCCAACCUCUCGGGCCAGGGCAAGCACGGCAAGAAGCAGCUGGAUCCUCUCAUGAUCUACGGGAUUCGCUGCCACCUGUUUUACAAGUUUGGCAUCACAGAGUCAGACUGGUACCGCAUCAAGCAGAGCAUCGACUCCAAGUGCAGGACAGCCUGGAGGAGGAAGCAGAGAGGCCAGAGCCUGGCUGUGAAAAGCUUCUCCAGGAGAACCCCCUCAUCCUCCUCCUACAGUGGCUCAGAGGGAUCGCAGAGCUCGGUGUCAGCCUCCAGUGAGCUGCAGCAGAACCAGCCCCAGGCCCUGCACUACGCCCUGGCCAACGCCCAGCAGGUCCAGAUCCACCAGAUCGGGGAGGAUGGACAAGUGCAAGUAAUCCCACAGGGCCAUCUCCACAUAGCCCAGGUGCCCCAGGGGGAGCAGGUCCAGAUCACGCAGGACAGCGAGGGGAACCUGCAGAUCCACCAGGUGCACGUGGGUCAGGACGGGCAGGUGCUGCAGGGGGCUCAACUGAUCGCUGUGGCCUCGGCCGAGCCCGCGGCCGGCGGCGUGGACGGCUCCCCGCUGCAGGGCAGCGACAUCCAGGUGCAGUACGUGCAGCUGACCCCCGUGACAGACCACGCUGCCUCCAGCCAAGGCACUGAUUCCCUUCAAUCAGCGAUCCAGCCAGAAAUGCAGAUAGAACACGGAGCCAUCCAAAUCCAGUGAGAGGAUUGAGGAAUGUUGGGGAGCUGGCAGUGAACUCCAGCCAGAAAUGGAGUGGGAAGGGCUGGAAAAACCUCCCAGACCUCAGAACCUCCAGCCAUGCCCUGCUCCCCCACACCUGGGAUAAUUCCAGCUUCAGUCAGAGCUGCAUCACGACACCAAUCCAAGUGCUGGCCUUCAAAAAAAACCUCGUGGGCUGCAAUUAAAUAAACUCAGAGAGGACAAAACAAAUCUUUCAUGGGGAGAGGAAGAACUCUCCUGCAUCCAAACUGUGAGACUCCAUCCCUGGCCAUCCCGUUGGUCCCUCCUGUGCAAAUGGAAUGUCUGCAGAUGUUUGGGGUAUUGCUGCCCUGCAGUACCUGCUUUGCCACCUAGGGAAAGUUCCAGAGCUCAGAUAUUUUUCACUGUUGGAACAGUCUUUUUUUCUUUUUUUUUAUUUGCUAUGGUGUUUAUAACAAAAAAAAAGGAAAAUAUUUAAAAAAAGGAAAAAUCCCUUGACAGCAAGUCUUGGCCUUUUGCUGGUGUUUUCUGUUCAGUGUCAUGAAAACUGUAUUUGCAGAAGACUAACACUUUUGUUUGUACUGUUGCUUAACUACUUUUCU